GCCACUCUCUGACUACCGAAUAGACGCACGACAGCUAUGCCUAAUUGCUUUCCGCGACGCAAUCAUAUUGCCACGUUACGAGAAAUUGACGUUAUUGCUUUCUGAAGGGUUAAGUAGGACAAAUGACACAGAGGGUGACCCCGGGGAGAACUGGCAGUGGGCCCGUAUCCAGCAAAUGUCAGUGUUACUCAUUGAAUGGUGCCAAUACUGAAUUUCCGUUAUCAUGAAAGGUUACUAGUCUUAGGGUCAAAUUCUAGGACCUCAAGUGGCGAUCUUCCUCGUGGGGAACAGGCUACGAAUCAGCUUUUGGUCUUCUUCCGUCGUUCACUACCCCCAUGCCACCUCCGAGACAAAAAUUCUGAUGGCUUCAUUGGGACGAAGAACAGGUUCCCGGAGCGGCCUACCGGCUUUUCAGGUGCUGCUGGCGAUAGACGGGGGCGAAUUGAUUUCAGCUCACUCAGGGGAAACAAGCGCGGGUCGCCUACGGCAAACUACCCCGAAAUCAGUCAAGGUGGUACCCAUCAAUGGGCACCUCAUAGACGGAUGCAGACGUCCAAUUCGGAUGACGAUGACAGUGAUCUUGGCGUCCCUCUCGGCAGUGCAACUCCCACACUGACCAGCUCAAGAAACUAUGUGAAUCGCUAUUCUCCGCAGAGGCUCUACACAUCCUCUCCUGAGCGGGCAGAGCCUGGCCAUGUCAAUCACCAGCAGAAAAGCACCGGAAAAGAAGCGGACGAACCACGAGGGGUGGAUGAUUCUGAUGAGGACGAAGAUUAUGGGCAAGUCGUGGUAAUUCAUCGUUUUCUUAAAGGAUCGUCAUCUUGCACUGACACUCUAUUCCAGCGACAUCUAUGACGGGCUUGGAUCCACGCUGGAAUAUUUAUCACUACAAAUGUCGGUACAUAUGAGAUAGUCAAUGGUAGGCAGGUGACCAGCCUCUCUUUAACGAGUCAAUGGAACGGAUACAUGGACUAUA